AUCCGUGGCCUCAAAAAGAGCGACACCUCUGAUGGCUUACUGAUAUACUGACGGUAGUCAGUCAGUAUCAGUAGUCAGUACCGCGGCAGACCUUAUCCCGAGCGUCUCGGUAUAUCACGUGCUAUAUUAUCCCCGGUACUCAAUCGCCAAAAACCGUCUCUGCAUCCUGAGAACUCAAUAAUCAAUUAUAAAAUAUUGCCGACAACAAUAUCAAAUCUGUUUUCAAGUGGUAUUUUUUCAAAAUGCGUGAAAGUGACAGAUAAAUUUGAGAACUCAAGAACAUACUUGACAACAAUAUUUUUAGAACUUUCUUUCAAUAGCUUUCAGAAUGUGUGUUAGUGAUCGUCAAGUUUGAAAACUCCAGAGCACCUCUUCGACAAUUAUUGAGAGCUUUUCUUUAGUUGUUUUCAAAAUCUUUUCAAGUGCUCGUUAUGAUUGAGAACUCAAAAAUAUUGUCGACAACAGUACAGAACUGUUAGUAGUAGUUUCCAAAAUUUUUGUCAGUGAUCGUGAAGUUUUGAAACUGUAGACCAACUCUAGAGAAUAUCGUCUACAACUAUUCAGAGCUGUUCACUGGUAGUUUUCAAAAUUUGUGUGAAUGUUCGUCGGGUUUAAUAACUCAAAAACAUCCGCGACAAGAAUUGAGAGCUGUGUUUUAGAAUUUUCCAAAAUUGUUAUUAGUGUUCAUAAUAUUUGAGAACUGAAAAAGCAUCGUAGACAACAAUUUACAGCUGUUUUACCAAUAUUUUUCAAAAUUUGAGUGAGUGUGCGUUUAAGUUUGGAAGUGAAAGUGAUAGUUCUCUAAUACCCAGACUCACAGCACGAUUUGAGCCAGUGUCAUCUUAACUUGAGAGCUAAGGUACCUUUCUAUUUUUUUACUUUGAGAACAACAUCCGUUUAGAUGUUUCAAAGAUUACUGGAGUCAUUCAAGUAGCAUCAACUGAGUAAUACAAUAUCUGGAGUUUAUUUCAACAGUUCUAGAAUAGAACAUAGUUUUGUUUCAAUUCAAGAAUAACACUGUCUCAUCCAAACAGUUGGCCAACGUUUUCUAUCCCCUAGAUAUCGAGUGCAGAAACAGUUUAUGACUUUUCAUCAUUCAAAUAAACCACUAAAUAUUGAUUCCUCAUCAUAUUUCCCAGAGUGAUCUAGGAAACUAGGAGAUACAAAACUCUAUAACAAUAUCUAUAUGAAUACAUCCAGUGUCUAGUACGAAAAACACAGUGAUUACUCAACUUUAUGAACUUUUAAGACUACUCUCAAUAUCCAGUUUUAUCAAGUGAUAUCAACUGGUUAUCUCCUGGAUAUCCAGUGUAGAAACAGUGGUUCCCUACCCAUGUGAACAAUAUACUUCAAACUAAACAGUGAUUACUGACCUAUAAGAACUUUUAAAACUACCUACUAUUAAUAUCUAGUUAUCCAGUAAUAUCUCCUGAUAAUCUCUGAUUAUCCCUUGGAUAUCCAGUGUAGAAACUGAUUCCCUACCCAUGUGAACAAUAUACUUCAAACUAAACAGUGAUUACUGACCUACGUUAACUUUUAAAACUACUAUUAAUAUCUAUUUAUCCAGUAAUAUCCCCCGAUAAUCUCUGAUUAUCCCUUGGAUAUUCAGUGUACAACUGAUUCCCUACCCAUGUGAACAAUAUCCUUCAAACUAAACAGUGAUUCACCUACAUGAACUUUUGAAACGACUAUUAAUACCUAGUUAUCCAGUGAUAUCAACUAGUUAUCUCCUAGAUAUUCAGUGCAGAGACAGUGUUUCCCUACCCAUGUGAACACUAUUCUUCAAACCGAACUAAUCAAUAUACAGCGAUAUCCUCUGGUUAUCCCCUGGAUAUCCAGUGCAGAAACAGUGGUUCCCCACUUAUGUGAACAAUAUCCUUCAAACUAAACAAAAUAACACAAUGUUACUCCAAAGAACACUCCAGUCAACCGCUGGCUCCAAAUAUGCUCAUCACAGAUCAAUCAGUUUCCCUUAUCAGGGAAUAGUGCCCUUAUCUUUGGUCGGAUUUGCGCUGAUGAUGUCAGUUAUGCCCGGAAGUGUGAGCAGUCAGAACUACCUGACCGCUUUGACCGCCAGACGGGACCGGAGCCCGUACAAGGGUUUCAGCGGGGUGAGAGCUAGACCCGACUCUGCCAGGAUGGUUUACUACCACGAUCAAACCAUAGCUGUGGUUGAGAUUGGUGCUGAACGAGAGCUGUUCAACUGUGAACUCAUCGAAACAUACAAACCCAAACAACAGACAGAGCUUCUGUCGUCUUUGAAGGUGAUGAUCGGCCGACCUGUGGAGAUCAGACUGGACCAGAUGUUGGAUCUGAUGGACCAAUGCUAUCUGCUGGAAACACCCGACAAUGCUGAGAAGGCAGUCGAUAGAGCUACUAGAGGCUCAGGUCCCAACCCCAGUACGCUGCUCAGUGGUAUUCUCCCAGGAACAAAAUGGUGUGGUUCGGGCGACAUUGCUGAGACAUAUUACGACCUGGGAACAGAGACAGACAUAGACAAGUGCUGUCGGAAUCACGACAUCUGUCCGUCAAAAGUGCGACCGAAAACUGUCCGAUACAACAUGACUAACAACUCGCCCUAUACAAAGUCACAUUGUAGCUGCGACUACAAAUUCAUGCAAUGCUUGAAAGCCACCAACAAGCCGACUGCAAACGUCAUGGGAACCAUCUACUUUAAUCUCCUUAAAGUGCCUUGUGUGAACACUGAAGAGAGAAAGUUCCAGAGCACCUUCAAAUAUUAGAAAGACUUGAAACCUUUGUUCAAAUUGGACUCCUGAUUUAUUUAUUACUAGUUUAUUUUGUGAAAAUGACGAUAUUAUCAUAGAGAAAGGAUAGCAGAAGAAAAUAUCCCACGGUAUGAGAGGUUAUGUUCCAAUUUUCAAUGUUAACUCAAGCCCAUAGUCCUAGUAGUUUGUUCUUUUUGGUGAAGUAAUGUGAAGAUAGUCUCUCAUACUGUGCUGUCAUUCUAAAGCUGCGUACAGAUAUACGCGCCUCCAACCCGCCCCGCGCAAGUUCCGCCCUCGUUCCGCCAUCGCUCCGCCCCCGAUCUGCAGUCGCACCGAUCAUGAACGCUACGGGAGAUGUUAGCUCUCCUCGCGUUCCACUCUUGCUCCCCGGUCGAUCAUCAAUCGCUCUGCUCGAGUGACGUUCGGUUGCGGAGCAGAGCGAAAGUCUGUACGCACCUUUACACUCUCAUCCGGCCAAAUAAUAAUAAUAGACAGUAAUCGUCUUCAGUUAACAAAAAUCGGCUUUAAAUUUGGAACAUAAACGACCAAUACCAUAUGAGAUAUUUUCUCAUGCUAUCUUUUCUCUGUGAUAUUAUAGAGUGAAGAAGGGAAUCAAUUAUCAAUCUAUAAGGAAAUGUUAGUAAAACGUGUGUAUUAUAUAAAAAAAACAUAAGAAUUAUUGUUGAAAUAUAUAUUUAAAUAUGAGAAUACAGAAGUGACAGACGACUGAGAUCAUUGUAUAAAAACCAAUGUUCUAUAUUUUUAAAAGCAUUUGUAAGAUAGAUGAUCAACUCUGUGUGUAAUAAAUAAUUAUAAUU